AUGUUUCUUUGGNAACGUGAACAACCACCAGAAGAUCCACAAGUAGCAGCUGAAGUUGGUCCAGUUGAUCCACAUAUGGAACGACAAGUUGAAACAAUCAAUAAAUUAGUAUCAUCAUAUAUGCAAAUAGUUGCUAAAAUGACGCGUGAUUAUAUUCCAAAAGCAAUUAUGUAUAAUAUUGUUCAAAAUGUGCAAAAAUUUGUAGCAAAAGAAUUAUUAGCACAUCUUUAUGCACUUCCUGAUCCAAAAUCAUUAUUACAAGAAUCAGAAGAAGAACGACAACGUCGAGAAACUAAAAUAGCCGAAUACGAAGCUGUUAAAAGUGCUUUAAAUAUCAUCGAAAAUUUUCAUGCUAAUGCUCGAAAAGUAGCUGGAUCAGUUAUGUCAGUAUCUGUAUUAGCUGCUGGUGUUUCUAGUGCAACAGUGAAUACUCAAAUGAAUAAUAAUUUUGCACCAUCACCUAAUUUUCCAUCAAAUACACAACAAUGGAGACAACCAGCGCCUAUGUAUGCAAAUCCAAAUGCAUUUGGAACGCGUGAUCCACCAAUGCGACCAAAUUUAGUACCUAAUCCAACUGGUGGAAAUAUGACAACUUUACCUGCACACAUGAUGUCUCAACGUUCAACACCAAGUGUUCCACCACGACCAUUAGAACGACCACCGGUUCCACAACGGAAUUGA